UGCCGCGAAAGACAACAGGAGAAGAAACGGUUACUACCUCAAGAAGUCUGAUAAGAAGCUGAGCUGAGACUAGGUUUCAAAGAUGUCCCAUAAGAGACCUUUGCCAGGACAAAAGCGAAACCUUUUAUUUUAUUUAAAGAACCAGCCUAGUGAGAAAAGACAGACAAACACACUGACAGAACAGCCAGAACGAUUGAUAGAAACGACAGGACAACAGACAGAGGAGCAACACAAAGGACAGAGAGAGCAGGAGACAGGACAGACUGACAAACAAGCAGAGGAGCAACAGACAGGACAGAUUGAUGCACAUGCAGAGGAGCAACAGACAGGACAAAUAGAACAACCAACAGGGCAGAUGGAAGAAGACACAGAGGGACAGACAGAAGAGACCCCCCCCAAUCCAACAGCAGGGCCAGAAGAGUCGUGCUCUGGCAGGAGCAGCAAGAUCCAUUUUCAAAAAUGAGUGGACCUCUUCAUGGCCAUUUAUUACCAGAGGGAGCCUCAACACGCACUACUGGUGUGCAGUCUGCCGUAUUGAAAACUCAUGUUGCCACCAGGGUGUGACAGAUGUAGUGCGCCAUAUAAAAAGCAAAGACCACCAAGAUAAGCAACGAGCUCUCCAGUCCACAGCCACAAUAUCCCAAUAUGCAAUGGCCGUUCCAUCUGUUGGGGGUAUGUCUGCACAAGAGGUUAAGACAAGAAGGGCUGAGGUCAAAAUGACAGCUGGGUUGGUAGUUCACAACGUCCCCCUAGCCUUUGCGGACCACCUGGGGCCUCUCCUAAAAGAAUGUUUCGGAGAUUCGAAGACAGCGCAGGAGUACAGGUGUGCCAGGACUAAGUCAUCCUGCAUUACCAAUGAAGCACUCGCACCAUAUUUCACACAGGAGCUUGUGAAGGAGAUGAAAAAAGCCCUGUAUACCAUUGUUACAGAUGGGUCGAAUGACACUGGAGUGGAAAAGAUGAACCCGCUUACUGUCCGGGUCUUCAUGGACAGCAAAGUUGUCCACCAGUUCUUAAAUAUGUGCACAACAAGUGGGACGAGGUGUGGGACAGCAAGUGAGAUCUUCACCAAAAUGACCUCCACCAUAGAGGAGCAUGGCAUCCCUUGGGAGAACUGCAUUGGUCUCUCAGUUGACAAUGCAGCUGUGAACAUUGGACCACGUAAUUCCAUUGCCUCUAGGGUGCUCCAGAAGCAUCCCAACACCUAUAUUCAUGGUUGUCCUUGUCAUGUGGCACAUAACACCGCCAAAGCUGCAGGAGUGGGAUUUUUUAAAGUGUCCGGUUUUGAUUUGGAGGAUAUGGUAGUGGACAUCGGUUACUGGUUCAAGGGUAGCACAAAUCGGAAAGGAUACCUGACAGAGUUUUGUGAGCUCCAUGAAGCGGAGUACAUGGAGGUCCUCCUGCAUAUCUCGGUCCGUUGGCUAAGCCUUGAACGUUGUGUGACCAGGAUCCUGAGGCUGUAUGAACCUCUGGCCAGCUACUACAAAUCUGCUAAUGAAAAUCAGGCCAGGUUCAAGAGACUUGUGCAGACAUUCACUGACCCCAUGACAGAAGUGUACCUGCUGUUCUUCCAAGCCACCGUACCAACUUUCACUUCUUUCAACUUGCUGCUUCAGAGAGAGCAGUCAUCAAUAUUUUUGUUACAUGAUGAGGUGGGAUUGGAUUUUGCUGUUUUUUUCCAUUCUGUGUUUCUUGCUGAUAUCUGCAGGGAUCCUCUAAAACAGGUUUCACCUACUAUUUUUGUAAAUGUCUGUUAUAGAUGGUGA